AUGGCUGCAGCAGCAACUUCAUACAACGGACGAUCAUGGCAGAAUACCGAAGAGGAUGAGUUCGAUUGGGAUACUUUUAAAAGGAGACAUCCCGUUAAGUUACCUUGUCAGUUACCACAUGGUGCUUCUAUACAUGCACGCCCUGUUAUGCGACUCCCUUCGCCCGACCAAAGUUUACAUUUUCCUCCGGCCGCACGCCCUGUUAUGCGACUCCCUUCGCCCAACCAAAGUUUACAUUUUCCUCUGGCCGCACGCCCUGUUAUGCGACUCCCUUUGCCCGGCCAAAGUUUACAUUUUCCUCCGGCUGGCGGCCCACAUGCUCCGCCCCAGAUGCUACCUCGUCCGAAUCCUCCUUUUGUGUCAAGCCAACAUCCAUCUGUUGGAUAUUCUAGUUUGAUUAAUUCACUCAUGGCCCAAGGUGUAAUAUCAUUGGCUAAUCAAACUCCUACACAGGAUUUUGUUGGCAUUGAGUUUGAUCCCAAUAUUCUAAAGGUUCGUCACGAAUCUGUAGUCAGUGCCUUAUAUGUGAGACGAUGUGGCUCAGCGGUGCAGAGGCAUUGGGAACUGAAUCAGCUCCAGCUCCAGGUUUUUUUGCCAACUGAGGAAAAGAAAGAAGACAAAGAAUUGGCAGUUCCUGCUGAAGAGGACCAGAAAACAUGCUCUCUAUGUGGCGAGUAUUUCGAUCAGUUUUACAGUGAUGAGACAGAGGAUUGGAUGUACAGAGGAGCUGUUUACCUUAAUGCGCCCAAUGGAAUAAUAACAGCCGGCAUGGACAGGUCACAGUUAGGCCCCAUUAUUCAUGCUAAAUGCAGAUCUGAAUCUACUACAUCCCCAUCUCAAGAUUGUGUGAUGGAUGGAGAAGGCAAUCAAAGAAAACGUAUGCAGCAAGGCACAUAUGAUGAAGCCAGCUCUUUACCAACAUUAAUUCUUUUACCACUGCCUUUAGUCUUUGAAGAUGGUGGUGGAAGAAUUUCUAUUUCCUCAGGAAUAUUGGAACCAAUAUACUAG